AUGUUCGCCAUUUUUCGUGGCAGACGACUCAGGCUCCCUCCAGAUCUCUCUAUUUUCGCCUCCUCUCAAUUUCGGACUUUUGAAAAUGCAAUCUUUUCAAGGCCGUUCACCACCGGGAGAUCACCGCAAGGUGUUCGCGAAAAUGACUCUGAGAAAUCCUUCACCUUCUCCUACCUCGUCAACUCAUGCGGGUUGGCUCCAGACGCUGCCGUCCGCGCCUCCAGUAAACUCCAGCUGAAAUCGCCUGAAAACCCAGACGCGGUCUUGAAUCUCCUCAGAGAGUACGGGUUCACGGCCGCCGACAUCACUAUGAUGCUCUCCCGGUGGCCAAACAUUCUUGCUGCCUGCCCAGACAAAACCCUUUUGCCCAAGCUCGAAUUUUUCACCUCCGUUGGUGUCCCACUCCCCAUCCUGGCCAGCAGGCUGUCCAGGAACCCUUCCAUCUUAUGGCGCAGCCUUGAGAGCGCAAUCAUCCCCUUAUACGAUUUCCUGAAAAACCUGCUCGGGUCGGAUGAGGGGGCCGUUCAAGUCUUUAAACAGGCUCCCCAGUUCUUCGGCUGGGGCCGGGUCGAUGACCUCUCGUCCAAUCUCUCGUCCAACCUCUCGUUUCUUUUGGACCGUGGGGUCCCUCGGCCAUCUCUCGUGCCACUGGUCACGCGCCAGCCAACAAUUCUCAUGGCUCCUCAGGAGAAGUUAUCCUCGUGCGUGGGUCAAGCAAUAGAAAUGGGGUUUGAUGUGUCCAAUAGUGCAUUUUUGAAGGCCAUUCAGGUUUUGAUGGGUUUGAAUGAGUCGACCCUUAAGCGCAAGAUGGAGGUUUAUAGAAAGUGCGGCUGGUCGGAAUCCGACAUCAGGACCGCCUUUCUGAGUCAGCCGCUCUGUAUGGCCUUGUCCGAGAAGAAGAUAUUGAAGAGUAUGGCUUUUCUCGUUGAUAAAUUCAGGUUUGCACCAGGUGAUGUGGCUCGGCAUUCUUUGCUUCUCGGGUACAGCGUCGAAAAGAGAAUGAAGCCGAGAUGGGCGGUUGCAACUGUUUUGAGUGAGAAGGGGCUGAAGAAUGCAGCUGUCACGUCCUUGCUAAUAGUGUCCGAGAAGACUUUCUUGAAGACCUAUAUCGAGAAGUACGUGAAGGAGGUUCCCGAACUUUUAGACAUAUAUCGAGGUAAUCAAAUCCUGGCUUGCACUUCCUGA